CAGAUCUCAGGAUCUGCUAUUUUAUUUAUAUACAUUUCUGUAAUUAGGCCUACACCCUCUUUUUAUCAGCAGUUGUUUACGUAGUGCAAAAUUUGCCUAAUACUUUGAAUAUGGCAAAAUAUUUGAUCCAAACUUUAGUGUAUGUUGGCUUGUUCUUACUUGUAACUGCUACAGAUGAUCCGGCAGUAAUUGAACUGGAUGCAAAGGAGUUCAUUGGUGAUCAAAGCCAGGUUGGAUUUACUGCAGCUUAUGGUGAUGUCAACAUGGAUAAGAAAACAGAUGUUUUUGUAAUAUCAAAUUCUAGGAAAGAAAUUCUUAUCUUCCUUGCAUAUGAAAAAUUUCCUAUCUUGAGACUGAAUCAAACAUUAGUACUAGAUGUCAUUGCAACAUCAGCUGUUCCUGCGGAUUUUAAUGGGGAUGAUAUAACUGAUCUUCUAAUCACUAGCAAAGAAAAUGAAAAUAUGUACCAUGUCUUAAUCUAUUGGGGUGGUAAAGAUGGAAAAUUUUCAUCGGAAAAUUUCUAUGAAUGUCCAGAAAGAUUUUAUGAUGAGCCUUUAGUUUUAGAUGCAAAUGCGGAUACAAUUUCUGAUCUUUUUGUUGUUUAUUCAAACCACACUACCAGAGGAUUUCUUAUAGGGGUGACCAAACAAGAUAAAUGGAGUUUUGUGUCGAAGCCUUUCAAAACACGAGAUGACAUCGAACUCCUUGAUCCAUAUUCCCCACACUCUAAUGCAUUAAUUGAUUUGACCGGAGAAGGUUCUGCGGAUUUAUUUCUUACUUCUGAAAAAGAAGGAAAAAUUGAAUAUGAAAUUUGGAAUGGUUCAUCAUCUGGUUUGGUACAAUUUAAGACAAUAUCAACCUAUGAAAAUGAUCCGAAUGUAGAAGUCAGCCCGGUGGCAUUCUCUGAUUUCAAUGCAGAUGGAAAACAAGAUAUUCUUAUUGCAGUAUGCACACUUGAUGCAGACAGUUGCAAAGAUGGAAAAAUUGUCAUUUACGCAAACGACAAAUGGUAUAAUUUAUUUUCUACCAAUGAAGAAUGGAGUUUUCCUAAUACAAAAGAUGAACUCCUUCAUGUACAUAACACGCUACACAUUGCUGACUUCAAUCUUGAUUCCUAUCCAGAUAUUCUCAUGAUAAUGCAAAAUAAAGAAGGAAUCCGGAAAGCUGUUGUUUUCUAUAAUGAUAUGUGCAAAACAACCAACUGCACUGGCCCAGGAAGGCAGCUUGGUAUAUGGCUGGAAAUGCCGAAUUCAGAUAACGCUGUUCUUUCUUCAUUCUACGAUUUCAACAUGGAUGGAACGUUGGAUAUUAUUGUAACUACAAAAACAAAUGAUGAUGAUAAAUACACUAUGAAAGCCUAUAAAAAUAUGAUCGCUGAUGAUGUCACAUUUCUAAGGGUUCAGGUUCUCUCCGGCCAUAACGAUACAGCUGUGUAUGGUGUGAAUGUACCAGGACCAUAUAUAUUAUAUGAAACGACAAAUACCAUGGGAGGAGCACAGUGUGGUUCUCUUGGUCAAAUGUCACAAUCUUCCCAUUUAUCAUUGCAAUUACCCUACAUUAUAUUUGGACUUGGUAGAUUGGCAAAUUUUGUUGAUCAACUGAUGGUUUCUGUUCCGGUUCCUUUGAUUAUUGAUCCUGAUGAUCCUGUUAUAACUCAUGUUGAUAACAAUGAUGGUUCAGAUCCAGCAAUAAAACCAAACACAUCAUUAUCAACUGAAGAUCCAUUCACACCCAGGAAUUAUACAUGGCCGAUGUUGAUCCCAAACUCACAAUUAUAUGUGAAUCCUUACCCACGAUCUUCUCCCAACAGGUGGAAAAUCAAAGUAUUGGUGACUCCAAGUCAAAGUGUGAUAACAACUGCAAUUGUUUUGUUGGGAACCUGCGGAGUUUUAGUUAUUGCUACGCUUGUACUUCAUUGGUUUGAGAGAAGAGAAGACAAACAAGAAAAAAUUCAAGAAUCUUACGGAUUCCAUUUUGACGCCAUGUGAAAGUUAUGUUCUAACGACAUGAAAGUUGAUUUUAGUUCUGUAACAUCACUCCAUAAAUAUUGAUGAUUGUGUCAGCUUCCAACAUACCGAAAAGCAAAAAACUUGAUUCAAGCCAAGGAGUGCCGCUUUGAUAAACAGAGGCAGUGUCAAAGUAUUCACAUUUGUUAACGAUGUUUUGUAAAAUUUUCACAUUUUAAUGUAUAUUGGUCUUGGGAUAUUCAGACAACAUAGUUAAAACUAAACUUGAAUUAGAUAAUUAUUUAGCUUUCAACAUACCGAAAAGCAAAAAAAAAAUUGAUUCAAGCCAAGCAGUGCCGCUUUGAUAAACUGAGAGACAGUCUCAAAGUAUUCACAUUCGUGAACGAUAUUUCGUAAAAUUUUCACAUUUUCAUGUAUAUAUAUUGGUCUUGAAAUAUUCAGACAACAUAGUUAAAACUAAACUUGAAUUGGAAAAUUAUUUUGGUAAUCAAAUAAUGAAUAUCAAUUUCGAACGGGAAAUUUAACGAGUUUCACAAGUCAUGAUUUGUACUUAGAUUAUAGGAGAGCAAUUUGUCGAAUAUCACAAAUUUUAUAUGUGUAUUCCUCUUCUGAAUUUUAGAACAAUAGGACUUUGUAUAAAAAUUAUUUGUUUGUAUGGACAUAUACAGUUUUGAAAAUUGUUAACUUAGUUCAAUUUUUACUUAAUCUGAUAUUUGCACAUUUAGGUAUAGUUACGUACGUCUUGUCAUGAUGAUAUGCUGAAAUCAGUAGAAAUUUUUGUAAAUGAGAAAAAUUGUACUUUUAUUUUGCAAACUUUGUUGAACUCAGGGCUGGGAAGCUGGAGCCAUGGAGCUCUGACUUUUUGGUGGAGCUGAAACCAAGCUUACCAUGUUGGACGGAGCUGAAGUUGGAGCUACCAGAAAUUUGAGUGGCUCCAGCUCCUAACCAUAUAAUUAUUUUGUAAUAUUUAUAAUUUUUUAAUACUUCAAGCGAAUAAUAAAAUCCAUCCUUUUGAGCUCAUACAUUUUCGAUUCGUAAUAAUAAUUUAAAAGUCUAGUGUCAAAUUUAUAUAUUUAAAAUUUAAUUCUGAAAUUAUAUUAUCAUAGUUUCGAGUCCAUAUUCCACGAAACUGCACUUGGGCAGGUAUUUCAUGGCAUUGGUCAAAUAUAAAGACCUCCAUGAAAAAGAGCCGAAGACCAUCUCCGACGUAAAAAAUGAAGCGUUGGAGCCACAUUCGAAUUCACUGCGACUCGGGGACCACUGUGAUUUCGGACCAUCUCCCCAGCCCUGGUUGAACUGCUUGAAAGUUUCAUCACUGUGUUAAUAUUUAGAAUUUUACGAUUACAAUCAUUUGUCUUGAAUAUAUAAGCUUUUGUGCAAUAAAAUGAUUGUAUAUCUUA